AGUGCUACCCUUAUCAGCAGUUCAGCACUGCCGCUCUUAAUCCUCAGCUUCUCUUUCUUGUGAAGCAGCGCUAACGGAGAAAGAGAGAGGAGGAAUGUCACCAGGUCCCGUUAUUGAGGCCACCGAGCCGGAGAUAGAGCAGACACCCUCCACUGAAGAGUCCCUGAAGAAGCCUCGGCCGGAUGAGCCCGUGGUCGAGGACGUAAAGGACGACGAGAAGGACGAAGACGACGAUGACGAUGACGAUGACGAUGACGAGGACGAGAAGGAAGAUGGCACUCAAGGAGCAAAUGAGAGCUCAAAGCAAAGCAGAAGUGAGAAGAAAAGUCGCAAGGCAAUGUUGAAGCUGGGCAUGAAACCUGUUACUGGUGUUACCAGGGUUACCAUCAAGAGGACUAAAAAUAUACUGUUUUUCAUUUCAAAACCUGAUGUCUUCAAGAGUCCGAAUGCUGAGACAUAUGUCAUAUUUGGGGAGGCUAAGAUGGAGGACUUGAGUUCUCAGCUGCAGGCACAAGCUGCCCAGCAAUUCAGGAUGCCAGAUAUGGGAUCCCUGAUGGGAAAACCAGAGGUUGCUGCUGCUGCUGGUCUUGGAGCGACGGGGGAUGAGGAAGAGGAAGAAAUCGAUGACACUGGUGUAGAGCCAAGGGACAUUGAUUUGGUGAUGACACAGGCAGGUGUGUCAAGGAACAAAGCCGUCAAAGCUCUCAAGGCUAGCAAUGGGGACAUUGUCAGUGCUAUCAUGGAGCUUACUACUUAGAUGGUUUGUAUGGUCUGCCAUUUAUACUUAGAUGGUUUGGAUGGUCUGCCAUUUUGUUGAUGAAUUUAAUUGAUGUCAGAAUUUAGUUUCCACAAUCUUGCUGGCUCACCUCUAUGAGGUGGCUAACUAAACCUUUUUUGUUUUUAAAAAAAAUCUAAUAUCUAAUUUAUGACAAUAUUGUCUUGCGAGGAUGACAAGUUAUUCAUGUCAGGUAUUUCCAUUU